CCCCCUCCCCGUGACCUCGUGGCCGCAGCUUCCCGGGUUCCCUUCUGCCUGCUCGCCGGCCUGUGGUGUCCAGCUCGAGCCUACUGAUUUCCAGGAGGGGCGCCCAGGCCCCAGGCUACAAAAGCCCCUGUCUGCAAGGUGCGAGAAGAUGCCAGCCCCGCUCAGCUCACUGCUCUCUUCUCUUCCCCAGUUCUUCCUUCGGAGGGUUGCACUCUGGCCUGAAAGGGAAUGGCCCCCAAGGGCCUGAGAACCGAGGCCCUGGAGUCAGUGACCUUCAAGGAUGUGGCUGUGGACUUCACCCAGGAGGAGUGGGGGUGGCUGGACCCCUCUCAGAGGGAGCUGUACAAGGAGGUCAUGCUGGAGAACUACAGGAACCUGCUGUCCCUGGGGUUUCCCGUUCCCAAACCAGAUGUGAUCUCUCAGCUGGAGCGAGGGGCGGCCCCGGGGAUGCUGGAGAGAGAAGGCCCAAGAGCUUCCCGUCCAGAUUGGGAGACUAGGCCUAAAGCCACAGAGUCUCCUCCAAAGCUGGGCAUUUCUAUGGAAGAAUCGUCCUGGGAGAGACUCAAGAGCGACAGGCCCUGGGACUUCAAAUUAGAGAAGAAGCAGGGGAACCAGAGGAUUCCUUCCAGACAAUUAGCAGGUGCACCCAAGAAAACUCCCCACAAAGGGAAAGGCCACGAACAUCAAAUAUUUGGGAGAGACUUGGGUCAGGGCUCAGUGCUGUCUCUUUGGCAGAGAGUUCCUUUGGGACGGAAUCACCAUGAAUGUGAUACAAGUGGUGUGCACUUCAGAAAAUAUUCAGACCUAAUUAAACGUGCCUCAGGGAAGGGAUGUUCAUAUCAAGAACAUGAUAAAUCUUUAAAUAAUCAGUCAGAUGUUGCUCAGUAUCAUAAGAACCAUACCAGAGAGAAAUUUUAUGAAUGUAGUGAAUGUGGGAAGACCUUUAACUGGAACACAGAUCUUAACAGACAUCAGAAAAUUCACACUGGAGAAAAGCCUUAUAAAUGUGAUGAAUGUGGGAAGGCCUUCAGCCAGAGCACAAAACUCAUUGCCCAUCAAAGAAAUCAUACUGGAGAGAAGCCUUAUGAAUGCAGUGAAUGUGGUAAAGCCUUCAUGCACUACUCAUCACUUACUUACCAUCGAAAACUUCAUUCUGGAGAGAAGCCCUUUAAGUGUAAUGAAUGUGGCAGAUCCUUUAGCCAGAAGACAAAGCUCAGUUACCAUCAGAGGAGUCACACUGGAGAGAAGCCUUAUGAAUGUAAUGAAUGUGGGAAAGCCUUUAGCCAAAAUGCAAAGCUGAUUUAUCAUCGGAAAAUUCAUACUGGUGAAAAACCCCAUAAGUGUAGCGAAUGUGGCAAAGCAUUCAUACAUUAUUCAUCCCUUACAUACCAUCAGAGAAUUCACAACGGAGAGAAAUCAUACAAAUGUAAUCAAUGUGGGAAGGCCUUCGGCCGGAGCACAGACCUCAUUAGACACCAGAAAAUUCAUACUGGAGAAAAGCCUUAUAAAUGUAAUGAAUGUGGGAAGGCCUUCAGCCAGAGUUCAUGCCUUACUGUACAUAAGAGGAUUCAUACUGGCGAAAAACCCUAUGAGUGUAAUCACUGUGGUCAAGCCUUCAGUUGGAAUCGAGACCUCAUUAGACAUCAGAAAAUUCACACUGGAGAGAAGCCUUAUAAAUGUGAUGGAUGUGGGAGGGCUUUCACCCGCAGCUCAUCCCUUACUGUGCAUCAAAGAAUUCAUACUGGAGAGAAACCAUAUGAAUGUAACCAGUGUGGGAAAGCCUUCAGGUGUAGCAUAGAUCGUACUAAACAUCAGAAAGUUCAUAUUGGUGAGAAGCCUCAUGUAUGUAUUCAGUGUGGGAAAACCUUCAGCUGGAGUACAGAACUUAUUAGACAUCAGAAAAUUCACACUGGUGAUGAAAUCUUGUAAUGAAUGUGGAAAUCUUAUGAAAAUAAUCAGUGUGAGAAAGUCAUUAGCUGGGGCACAGACCUCAUUGGACACCAGAAGAUUCACACUGGAGAAAAGCCUUAUAAGUGUAAUGAGUGUGGGAAGGCCUUCAGCCAGAGCACAAAACUUAUUUACCAUCAGAAAAUUCAUACUGGUGAGAAACCCCAUAAAUGUAAUGAAUGUGGUAUUUCCUUCAUGCAUCACUCAUCCCUUACUUACCAUCAGAGAUUUCAUGCUGGAGAGAAAGCUUAUGAAUGUAAUCAGUGUGGGAAGGCCUUCAGCUGGAGCACAGAUCUUAUUAGACAUCAGAGAAUUCACACUGGAGAAAAGCCUUAUAAAUGUAAUGAAUGUGGGAAGGCCUUUAUCCAGAAUACGAAGCUCAUUUAUCAUCAGAAAAUUCAUACUGGAGAGAAACCCCAUAAAUGUAAUGAAUGUGGUACAGCCUUCAUCCAUCACUCAUCUCUUACCUACCACCAGAGAGUUCAUACUGGAGAGAAACCUUAUGAAUGUAAUCAAUGUGGGAAGGCCUUUAGGCGCAGCACAGACCUGAUUAGACAUCAGAAAAUUCAUACUGGAGAAAAGCCUUAUAAAUGUAAUAUAUGUGGGAAGGACUUCACUCAGAGCUCAUCCCUUACUGUACAUCAGAGAAUUCAUACUGGAGAAAAACCCCACAAAUGUAAUGAAUGUGGCAAGGCUUUCAGUGAACACUCAUCCCUUAUUUGCCAUCAGAGAAUUCAUACUGGAGAGAAAUCUUAUGAAUGCAAUCAGUGUGGGAAGGCAUUCAGGCAGAGUGCAAACCUUACUGUACAUCAGAGAAUUCAUACUGGAGAGAAGCCUCAUGAAUGUAAUGAAUGUGGUAAAACCUUCAUCCAGCAUUCAUCUCUUAUUUAUCAUCAGAGAAUUCAUACUGGAGAGAAAUCUUAUGAAUGCAGUGAAUGUGGAAAGGCCUUUAGACGGAGCACUGACCUUAUUAGACAUCAAAAAAUUCAUACUGGAGAGAAGCCUUACAAAUGUAGUGAAUGUGGAAAGGCCUUCAUCCGGAGUUCCUCCCUUUCUGUACAUCAGAGAAUUCAUACUGGAGAGAAGCCUUAUGAAUGUAGUCACUGUGGGCAGGCCUUCAGCUGGAGUAGAGACCUUAUCAGACAUCAGAAUAUUCAUACUGGAGAGAAGCCAUUUAAAUGUAAUGAAUGUGGGAAGGCCUUUACCCGUAGCUCUUCCCUUACUGUACAUCAGAGAAAUCAUACUGGAGAGAAGCCUUAUGAAUGUAAUCAGUGUGGGAAGGGCUUCAGCAGGAGCACAGAACUUAUUAGACACCAGAAAAUCCAUACUGGAGAGAAGCCUUAUAAAUGUAAUCAAUGUGGUAAGGCCUUCAGCUGGAGCACAGACCUUAUAAGACAUCAGAAAAUCCAUACUGGAGAGAAGCGUUAUAAAUAUAGUGAAUUCAGUCCAAUUCAGUUUAAUGAACAUUUAUUAGCCUACUUUAUGCAAGGCACUGUGCUAGACACUGGGGAAACAAAAACUGAAAUGAUGCAAUCCCUGACCUCAAUGGGCUUACAUUCUAUUGGAAGGAACAAUAUGUAUACAGAUAAUUAAAUACAAUGUAAUUUCUGGGGCUGGAAGCAACUUAGCCACUGAAGAAAUCAGGAAAGGCCUCCUACAGGAUGUGGUCCUUGAGCUGAGCUUUCAAGAGAGCUAGGCUUUUCAAGAGGUGUCAGUGAGGAAAAAGAGCUUACCAGGCACAGAGACAGGAAAUUGAAGGUUGUGAAUUUGGAAAGGUCUUUGCACAGGGCACAAAUCUUACUGUACUUGAGAGAAUUCAGAGUUGUGUGAAACUCCAUUAAUCAAUACUUCUUCCUUGUUUACCAUCAAAGAAGUCAUCCCAGAGAGUAGUUUUAUGAUUUUGCUGAUUGUGGGAAAGUCUUUCCCCUUUUUGAAACUGUAUUUUCAGUUGAACAAACAUUUGUUGAAUACAUACUGUUUAUGCACAGAACUUCAUGCUAGAGGCUGGAGUUAUAAGGAAAACUAGCUGUUCCUGCCCUCCAGGGAGCUUACCUUCUACCAUGGAAGGGUCUCUGCAUGUAGAUAAGGAAGAAGACAGAAAAGAUAGGCAAUUUAAUUUCAAGUUGGAAAGAAAACUAAUAAUGGAGGUAAUCUGGAAAGGCUUCUUAAAGGAAGUGGUAUGCAGACCAUGCUUUGAAAGAAGCUAAGAAAUCUCUUUUAAGAGGGAAUGAGGAUAGAGGGCAUUCUAGACAGGGGACCUCAGUUUUGUAAAGGCAUGCAUUCAGGACAGAGAAUAGUGUGCAUACCCAACACGUUGCAGGCCAAUUUGUCUGGGAUGGAGCAUGUAUGAUGGGGACCAUAAAAUAAGAUUCCAGAGGUAGGUGGGAGCCACACUGGAGAGCUCUCAGUGCUAGAUUGAGGAUUCUCUAUUAAAGAAUCAUGGACAGUAUUACAGUCACUGUCCAAUUAGACAAACAUCCUGAUAAUGGGAAGACUCAUGUUGAGAGAAGUGGUACUGUAUAGUAGAUAAAGAGCUGGCCUGGCUUCAGGGAGACCUGAGUUCAUAUCCUGCCCCUGAUGUGGGUACCAUUAACAAAUCACUUAAUCUUCCAGAGCCUCAGUUUCCUCAUCUGUAAAUUGGGGUUAAUCCCAGUAGCACCCACAUUUCACAGGAUUGUUGUGAGGCUCCAAGAUCAUGUCUGGAAAGAACUUCUGUGAAAUGUAAAGCAUGAUAUAAACAUUGGGCAUUUUACUAAUACUAUCCAUAUCUAUAGUAAAAACACAUAGUUAAUGUUCCUCAUGACAGGCACACACAAGUCUGGUUCUAUACACUUAGGGAAAUACACAAGGGGAAAAAAGGAGAUGCAUCUUUAGGAAUCUCUGGGCAUUGUUGUCAUUUAACAUUUGUGGGUUACCUUCACAUUUGGGUUUUUUCAUCCUUUAGGUCCAAAGUGGGAGAGAAUUCUUGACCCUCUUUUCUUAUAUAUCCUGUUAUUUAUUUAACACUUACAAGGACUUAGAAUACCAGAGUUCAAAAUUAAUAUUUCAGUUAGCUCCAAAAAGUAAAUAACCCACAAAAAAGAUCCUAGAACAACUCCAAAGUUCAAACAAUGUGAGGAUUAAGAUUGCCAACUCCCAAUACGUGUUCAAACCCAAUGUGUACCCUGGUAUAGAACCUAGACUAAUCAUAUUCUAAACUAUAGGUCAGUCUUUUCCAAGUCUGUGCACCAUCUUGAGAUUCUCUAGGCCCAAAAGGCUUCCAAGCUCCCAUCCCCAAGUGAGAAUCUGUGUCCACUAAAAACCAGUUAUCUCAGACCCUUGAAAUUGGGCCAUUUAAUAAGCCAGUCAUUUCACUGAAAACCUCAAAGAGAAUUCUGUCCCCAGUGUGGGAUAAAAUAUUCAAUUUCAAUGAUAAGUUGACAACUUUUCAUGAACAAAAUAGAAUAAGAGAAGCUACAGAAUGGAAAACCAUCUUUCUCAAACAUUUGAUCAUUUAAAUUCCAAAAUAAGUAGAGAGUUGACUCAGACAGAAAAUGCAGGGCCAUUCUCCAGUUGAUAAGUGGGCAGAGGCAUCAAAUGAAGGAGAAAACUAUCAUCAAAACAAAUGGGAAGAUGCUCUAAGCUACCACUAAUAAAAAAAAUGCAAGUUAACAUUUCUGAAAUUUGACCUCAUACCCAGCAAACUGUCAAAGGAGAAAAUUGUCCUUGUGGGAAAUCGGGCACACUGAGUGCACUGUUGGUGGUGUUAGGAAUUGGUACCGUGGUUUUGGAAAACAAUUUGGUUUAUUCCAGACAAGUUACUAAAUUACUCAUUCCCUUUGAUCCCAGUGAACCCCACUACUGUGCAGAAGAAAAGGUUACAUAUAUACCAAAAUAUCAGAAACAACAUUUUGUGGUAGUAAAAAACAAAACAAAACAAAAAACUGGAAACAAAUUGGUUAGACAAGGCAAUACUGCAGAAUACUGAUUUAAUGGAAUAUGAUAGUUGUAGGACAUGGCAAAUGGGAAUAGUUCUGAGAAGCUUGGGGAGAUGAAUGAAAUUGUAGAGUGAAGAAAGAAUAAGCAGAAAUGUAUACAGUCACUACAGUUCUCUCGAGUAAAACACAAAAAGGCUAUUGAACUCGUGAAAGGAUCAAUACCGAUUCCAGAGUUCUGAUGAAGAAACACUUUCUCCACUUAGCAGAGAAGUCAGUGGACUGUGGAUCCCAAACAUGGCAUACACAGACAAAGUUACUGUAUUGGCCUGUUUCACUUGAUGGAUUUUCUCUAUUAUGAGGGAGGGUAUGUGGAGGUGGCUUACAUGUGUGUGAAGUGUAUAUUGACAAAUGAUUGUUAUAAAAAUGUAAAGGUGUCAAGAAAACAUUUUAAAAAUUGAUGAAAAUUGGGGGCAGCUAGGUGGCACGGUGG